CUGGAAAAUGUACAGCAAAAGAAAAUCUUUGAAGAGAAUAAGAAAAAGAAACAACCGAGAGAAGAGCUGUGUCCUGCUGAUUCGGUAGACUCUCUGAUGGCAGAAAUGCCAUUUAUCGACACAGAUAUUGAAGAUGAAUUUGUUAUGCAUGCAACCUCUGAAAUAAAUACAAAAAAGAAAAGAAAGAGGACUACUGGAAAGGAAAUUGAAGAAGGCAGUGAGAGGAAGAAGAAAAAGAAAAAACAGUAUCAGCCGAAUUAUUUCAUUUCUCUUCCAAUUACUAAUCCAGAGAUUACUGGCAGUAUUCAGGCUGUCCAAGAUGCAAUAAUACAAAAGGAUCAAAGGCUUUCCAAAGCAAUGAUUCACCCUGGCUCAUUGCAUGUCACCAUGUUUGUGAUGCAUUUAUCCAAUGAGGAUGAAAUUAGCAUAGCAAUUGGUGCUCUUUCAGACAGCAAGGAUUUUGUAGAAGAUCUCCUGAAAGGAAAAACUGUGGAUUUGUCUUUUCAAGGAAUUGAUCACUUCAAAAAUGAAGUUGGAUUUGUGAAGCUGGCAGAAAAUGAUCAUACAACUGUACUUAUGGAAAUAGCAGAGACUAUGAAGAAGAUAUUUCAAGAAAAGGGCAUCUUGGCAGGAGAAGAAAGAGCUUUUAAACCACAUCUGACCUUCAUGAAGUUGUCAAAAUCGACACAGCUACGUAAGCAG